AUGGAGGCUCUUGUCGCCGUCGGUGUAGCGUCCAACGCGGUCCAGUUCGUGGAUUUUGCAUCCAAGCUUCUCCAUACUUUCCACGAGCUCCGUCACAACGCAGCCUCAGCUGAAAAUCAAGAUCAUGCAGUAAUUGUAGCACACUUGAGGGACCUGACCGGGAAAAUCAGUGACGAGGCUAAGGCUCUUGAACAAGGAACUGCGACGGUCAACGCAGACGACAAGGCUUUACAACCAGUUGCGGAAGGCUGCUGUGUACUCGCGCGACAACUUUUGCAACGACUUGAAACAUGCGGCGUCCAUCCAGGCAGACAAGCCACCUUCCUCAAACGAUCCAAAACAGCUCUUAAGUGCAUGUGGAAUAAGAGAGAGAUACAAGAGAUUACCGAGCGUCUGCACCAUUUCAGGAGUGAAAUUCAGUUCCAUUUGAUGAGUAGGGCGUCGGCUAGACAAAUAUCACCUAUAGCCUUGCAGUCCAUCGACGAUCAGCUAAAAAAGGCGGCACGUCAGCUCGAAGAGCUCAGCAUGGAGAAUAAGGGUCUCGAAACUCAGAUCCAAAAUACCAUAUCGCUGAUCAAUGGCAACCAUGCUGCAUUAUCACACCAGAUCACACAGUGGCAACCGCAAGAGAAGUCUCAGAGUCAAAAUAGUGUGGGCUUCGGGCUUGAGGGCGAUCGACGCUUUGCUGGAUCAUUCCAGCCGGUAUCAACUCCUGAGUCCAUUUUGUCGCCUUUUGAAGACACAUUCGGAGCAGGUUUUCGAGAAAUUCAAGGAUCGAUCAUUGAGGCGGUCCGAGACGAACUCAAAGCCAAUUCUUUGGCCGAACUCGCGUGUGUAGAAACAUUCUUCCGCCACGCUACACAACAAAUGGAGAUCCGCCUAGGCGAUGCACUCAAGAGCUCACGAGAAAAUACAGAGCUUUCAAGUGGCUUACAGGUCGAGAAAACAGUGUCAAUGAAAGAGCCAACAACUCCGGAGAUGAACUCGAAGGGAGACGACACUGAAACUGUUCGUAGAUAUCAACAUCAGACAAUCAGAACGGACGUCAGUCUAAAUAUCUACACUGUGCUAUGUCGUAGGCGUUGGUCUAUAGAUGUUGGACUGGGCGAAUUCUACUUGAAGUAUGAACACCUUGUUGAGUUCAUAUCUUCCGGCCCAGCGCGGGAUAUAUUCGAGAUCAACGCACACUGGAUUCCGUCACCUGCGUAUUUCUCAACAGGCAUUACAGGAGACUUCCGAUACUUAACACACCCAUGUGCGCCCCCCAAGCUUAUUUUCCAACCACGCAUAUACCGCGUCUUGCCCUCGUACCAUGAGGCUUGGGAAGUAAUCCAGCGAGGAGACCUCAUUAGUGUUCGCAGAAUGCUGACUGAGAAAACCAUGUUGCCAUCAGACCAGAACGCCUUUGGGGAAGGUCUGUUACAUUUUGCUGCGUUCCACGGAGAGGUUGACAUUUGCAAAGCACUUAUAAGUUGCGGUGCUGAUGUCGAUGCCCGAUGCAGGCAAGGCUGCGAGCUUUAA